AUGCUGGCCGGCCAGCCUCGGGCCCCGGAGCGCGCGGCGGUGCGUGCCAGCGUCCCGCAGAAGUUGGCCGAGGCGCUGAGCAGCCAGUACGGGCUCAUCGUGUUCGUGGCGGGGCUGCUGCUGCUGCUGGCCUGGGCCGUGCACGCGUCGCGCGUGGGCAAGGGCGACCUGCUGGGCUUCCUGACGGCGCUCAUGCUGCUGCAGCUGCUCUGGAUGCUGUGGUAUGUGGGCCGCAGCGCCGCGCAGCGCCGCCUCAUCCGCCCCAAGGACACGCACGCCGGCGCCCGCUGGCUCCGCGGCAGUAUCACCUUGUUUGCAGUCAUUACAGUCAUCCUGGGAUGCCUUAAAAUUGGGUACUUCGUUGGAUUUUCUGAAUGCUUGUCAGCCACCGAAGGAGUUUUCCCUGCCACGCACACAGUGCACACCCUCCUGCAGGUCUAUUUUCUCUGGGGGCAUGCAAAGGAUAUUAUCCAGUCUUUCAAAACACUGGAAAGGUUUGGGGUCAUCCACUCGGUGUUCACCAACCUGCUGCUCUGGGCCAACAGCGUGCUGACCGAGUCCAAGCACCAGCUGAACGAGCACAAGGAGCGGCUCAUCACUCUGGGCUUCGGGAACGUGACCAUGGUUCUAGACGACCACACCCCGCAGUGCAACUGCACCCCCCAGGCCUUCUGCUCGGCCGUCUCCUCUGGGAUCUACUAUCUGUACCCCUUCAACAUCGAGUACCAGAUCCUGGCCUCCACCGUGCUCUACGUCCUCUGGAAGAAUGUCGGCCGCAGAGUGGACAGCCUCCAGCCCCCGCAGAUACGGUUCAGGUUUCACGGGGUCGUGGUGGGCUCCGCCCUGGGCCUCACAGCGCUGGCUGCCACCAUCGGGGUGGUGGUGGUGUAUCUGGUCCGCAUCGGGCGCUCCAGAACCAAGAGCGAGUCGGCGCUCAUCAUGUUCUACCUCUAUGCCGUCACCCUGCUCCUGUUCAUGGGGGCUGCCGGGCUGGUGGGCGUCUGGCUGUACAGGACAAAUGAGACAUCGCUGGAUGAGUCCAAAAACCCGGCCCGCAAACUGGACGCGGACCUCCUGGUGGGCACCGCCUCUGGCUCCUGGCUCAUCUCCUGGGGCUCCAUCCUGGCCAUCCUCUGUGCCGACACCUGCCCCCCCUACACCUGGUACAACCUGCCCUACUCCAUCCUGGUGAUCGCCGAGAAGUACAUCCAGAACCUCUUCAUCAUUGAGUCCAUCCACCGGGAGCCCGAGACGCUCUCCGAGAACAUCCAGACGCUUCGCGUAGUCACCGUGUGCGGUGGCGACACCACCACUCUCCCUUCGACCGGUCUCCAGAGCAGCGGAGCUGUGGCCGGGGACGAGGCUCCCCAGGGCGGGGACAGGCCACCUGCGGCCAAUGGCAACGUGUGCCUGCGAGAAGCCGGUGGCAAAGCAGAGCGAGAGGGGAGCCUGGCCCGAAGCCCCCUCUGCCUGCAGGGCGAUUCCAAGAGGAGAGCGCUGAGAAACAUCGCCGCCUUCCUGUUCCUGUGCAACAUCGCGCUCUGGAUCCCUCCUGCCUUCGGCUGCCGGCCCGAGUACGACAACGGCUUGGAGGAAACCGUCUUUGGCUUCGAGCCCUGGAUCAUUGUGGUGAACCUGGCCAUGCCCUUUUCCAUCUUCUACCGCAUGCAUGCAGCUGCCUCCCUCUUUGAGGUCUAUUGUAAGAUAUAG